CGCGAACCUUGGGGAUUCGAUCGGCGAUCCAAACAUUGACCAGCACCAACUUGCCUACCUCACACCUUUUGGAACAUCAUUUCUCAGGCACUCCCAUCACUCUCUUCUGGACCCAGGCAUUGCCGCUGACAACAGACUCCCCGCACAAGCUUGUAAGGCCAUCUUCGGGUGGUUAGCUUUUAGUUAGACAUUGUUUGCCUGUAUGUGGGACCCCAAAAUCCGGGCCGGAGCGGUGAUGCAAGACGCACAGCCCAUCGCAUUGCUUCAGUUGGAGCCCUGCCAGUGCAAACAUCGUCAAUCGCCCAGCCGUCAUCGGGAUUGGAUAGACCGUUGGGAGCUCUGUCCGCUAACUGCUGGACAGUCCAGCUACCUCGACAGAACACACAAUGCCCGACGAGACGAAGCCGGCUGGGAGCUCCUCCCCUGUCAGGGAGAAGCUUGAAGCCCAAAUCAAGAGCGCCGACAUGACUGAUGAUAUGCAACAAGAGGCUGUCGAAGUGGCCCAGGAAGCCAUGGCAAAGUUCACCAUCGAGAAGGAUAUUGCUCAACACAUCAAGCGAACGUUCGACGAGAGGAAGGGUCCCACCUGGCACUGCAUUGUAGGCCGCAACUUUGGCAGCUUCGUAACCCACGAGACGAAACACUUCAUCUACUUCUACCUCGGCCACUGCGCCAUCCUACUCUUCAAGACACAGUAGGGAGGCGGCCUCCGCCGUUUUCUCUCGCGGCUGUGAGGCAAACAACACUGUGACGAAAUCUCACCGCAA